AUGGAGUUCUCGCGCCGGGGCCCGGCGACCGCCGCGGCCGACGGCGGCGUCAGCGACGGCCGCCCCUCCCGCGACCUUCCGUCGCACGGGUACUCGACUCUGGUGAUUAGGGACGCGCUGCAGGCACAGCUUCAGAAGGAUCGCCUUCGCCAGGAGAUCAUCGAGACCGAGCUGGCCAAGAUAGAUCGCGCCCUUAACUGCAUGGCUGAUGUGCAACAGGGUGAACCUGUCCCCUUCGUGCCGCACCGUGGGGUUUUGGGUGCGGUCCAAGAUCCCAAGGAAAAGGAUGAAAGGAGUGGCAGUUUGGACUUGAAGCCCUUGAAGCCUGUCACGGAGAUCAAACAACAAGAGUCGAUUGAGAUAAACCAGCCCGGACCACGUUCACAGACAUGGAAACUGACGGAAAUAACCUUACCAGUAAAGCAACCAAAGACACCAGAGAGAUGGAGCUGUACCGUCUGCCAGGUGGAAUCAACAAGUGAGCACAACUUACAACAGCAUUUCGCAGGGCAGCAGCACCGGUCAAAUGUGGCAAGCUUGGAGUCAAGGAACAUCGUGCAGCAGCACCAGACAAUGAUUCGUGCACUGCAGCAAGAAGAAAGCAAGAGUAUGGCAAUGAGCUAUGGGCACCUAGGAGCACCCUCUGCUUGGGGUAAACUACCUUUGAAUGGUUCUAGCAGCAAUAGCGUUGUGAGCUCGGAGAUGCCGCGGCUAAUGAUGUCACUAUAUUUCUGCAAGGUCUGCAAUGUGCAGUGCAGCGAUGAGUUUAUGUUUAAGGAGCAUCGUCGGGACAAGAAACACAGAGGGAAGGUGUGGAAGCAGAAGGUGAUGGCCUUCUGCAAGGUCUGCAAGGUGCAAUGCAACAGCGAAGAGAUGCUCGCCAACCAUCUUACUGGGAAGAAGCAUCAGAAAAAUGAGAAAAAUGCAAGCCUAUGGUCCCGUUCGGGUCUUGGCAGGAAACGUUCCAGAUCAGGAAGGCCUUCACAGGUAGAAUAAUGUCUGGAACGGUUCCAGGCCAUUCCAGGCCCGGAACGGGCCGAACCGAACGUGGCCUUAUGUGGCUGAUUUGAAGCAUGGAGCUGGAACGAUGGAUGUGUCCAUGAUUUCAAUCAUGCUAUGGCGGUUUCCGCUCAUUUUGUGGAAUGGCUGCAACUAUAUCUUUUAUCAUUAGUACAACAUAUUUUGAUAUCUAUGUUAUGAAAUAUGUAUGCUGCUAUGAUAUGUUCAAUGCUACUGUGAAGUUACUUUCACA